ACUUUUAAAUUUAGCCUUAAACAGGACUUACUACUUUUUCUCAGUUAGGAAUAAACCUGUUGGAAGCUGAACAAUUCGCAGAUAUGAAAAGUAUUCUUAAGAAUAGAGGUGUGAAUACUCCUGGUUUUUUUUUCAAUGAAGUUUUAGUUCUAGGACGAAUUUCAACUCUGAAAUACAGGUAUAACCAGCUAAUGAGUUCCGAGAGAGGACAAAAUACGCGUCCUGCAUUCUGUUACUCAACACUAUUCAUAUGUGUUUAUAAAUGCUUGUUACCUAAUGGUAAAAUCAAGGCAAUCUACACAGGAUGGAUAUAUGUCAAAAUAAGACUAAUCAUCAACAGUUAUCAACAUCAACAGUGGAAAGACUCAAACAAUCUUUGUAUAUAAAUGAAAGUAGGUGAAUGUUGCAUCAAUAAACAAAGUUAUCAAAUACAGUGAAAUGUAUUGAAUUACCAAGUGUUUAAGUCUAUAAAAAUGAAGUUGUGUUAAAAAAUUAUCAGAAGAUUUCAAGUUUUGAAUAUCAUAAUCAGUAAAUAAAUAAAUAGUCGCAUUGUACUUAAACGUCCCCCCCACCGUUUACUAGAAGCUCGUGAAAUGAUAACAUUCUGUAUACUGCAUUAGAAAUGAUCUUUGAGAAGACUAUAAUGUCGAUAAAGAAUCAAUUCUUUGAUAGCUAUCUGAGAUAGUUUUAAUGAUGGAAGGGCAAAUGAAACAAAUCUACAUCAUACAUCAAUUGAAAUUUGAUAUUUCUCAAUUUUUCUCAAAUACCUCUAUGGUGUGUGCUGUUUAUAUGGGCAGAUAUAAGUAGUAUAUAUUAGGAGUAGGAUUCUUACCUGCAGCAGAAAAAAUUGUGAACAGAAGAAAAAAACGAAAAUAGUCAAAUUAGCAACUGGAGUUUAAGAAUGAUGAAUCUCGGAAGAGACUAUUCAAGGAAGUUGUACCCCAAAUGCCCUGGUACGGCCGAAAGUGGGGAGUGUCCGCUCUCCUUCUUGAAAUGCUCACACACGGCCAUACGUUUAAAGCCUCUGCCAGGGAAGUCCUACUCAUUGCCUUCUUAUGGCGGGGAUGCUGUUUACGAAAUUGAGAGGACGAAAAGCGAAUGUCCGGCGCUUUACUCGGGUUGGUGGACACGGAAAGUCCACUUAGUGGAGUUGGAAAACCCUGAUUCCAAACCAAUGGUGAACAUGGGCCCCAGUAUCCUGAAGGAACAAAUGGCGUAUGAACCAAUCGUUCUUCACCGUCUACCAUGGGACUGUAUCUCCUCACGUUGCUCCACUGUCUUGUGGAUCAGACCUGGCCAGUAUUUAUGUGUUCAAAUAAAUAAAAAUCAAAUUCAAUGUAUUGCUUACAUAUUUUACAAAUGCAGUGUGUAAUUUUGUACAAUGAAGUUAAUUGGCUUACUUUAACCAUGUGUUUGUUCACUGGUUGAUUGUUGUAAUAAAUAGGAUUUCUCAGUUAAAUUCCAUAAUAUUUAUAAUUCUUAUAGUUUUAUUUAUCUAAGGCGUAUUUACGUGAUAUUACUUUUUAUGAAUAUAUUCAUCAGUUCAGAGAAGUAGCAGUUUAGAUACAAAACAUCAAACCAAUGAAUCAGUUGACGAAGAAGAUGAAAAUGAUCGAAUUGAAUCUGAAAAAUCUGGAAAAUCCGAAAAGAAACGUGCAUUUAUUCGUGAUGAACAUGGAGUUUGUAGACCUGGUGAAUUAGAUGAAGAUAUAAAUAUGAGUAAAAAUCAUGAAUCACGAUCGUCUGUUGUAGAUCGUACUGCUGCAGAACGAAUUUCAUAUCGUUUGGUUCAACAGCGUAGUUUAGAUUUCGGAUUGUAUCGUAAACUGAAUAAUUUCAACAUUGAUUCAAACAAUAGUCCUAUUCAAUCUGGUAGUCAAAUUUCAGAGAAUGAUGAUAAUUCUAAUGUAAGUAACAGAUUAAAAAGAGAUAAUAACGAAUACUAUGAUGAUAAUGAUAAUGAUGAUAGCGGUGAUAUUCAACAUGAUGAAUCCUUCCGUAAUAUAGAUUUGGAACAUGAAGAAGAAGAAGAAGAAGAUAAUAGUACUAUUCAAAAUGAUGAAUUCUACACAAAUCCUAAAAUUAAAGAACUUGGCAAAGAAUUCACAUUAAAAGAUAUUUUAGGUCAUCGUGUACCAGAACUAGAAAUUGACAUUAUAAAAGAUGAUGAAGAUAUGGGACAGAAUGAAUAAAAAAGAAAAUUAAUCCACGCACCCACCCACCUACGCACAUACACACACACAGUCAUCAAAUAAAUAGUAUGACAUUAUCCAAAAUGAAAAAUGCAUUUCCAUAGAAAAAACAAACAUUUUUAACCCAUUUAAACUAUUUAUUUCUAAAGUCAACGCAUUUACAUAGUUGAAUUUUGUUGUUCACUGUUUUCUUUUUGUUUUUCCAUUUAACAUGUACAUUCACAAACUCAUUAUUCCUCUUCGAUAAUAAUUUUUUUCAUAGAGGUCCAACCUUUAUCAUUUAAAAAUAUCACAGACAGAAAGAAAGAGAGAGGGAGGGAGGAAGGAAGGGAAAAGAAAGAAAGAAAAACUAUCAUCAUUGAAAUGAAUGGAAUAGUUUUCCGUCCAUUUUUCUUUCUUCUUUUCAUGCUCAUUAUUGUUGUUUUUUGGUAUUUUGAUCUCUCUUCUUUUCUUUUCCUCUCUGUUUUUUCUUUCUUUUUACUUUUAUUUAAUAAAUAAGAAAAGCAGAACUUUGUUUCCAUAUGAAUUUUUUAGUAUAUAACUAAAGAAAUAUGAUUGUUAGGAUAAGUUUAUUUGAACAUUUUGUAAAUGGAAUGUAGUCAUUAAAACAAAACAAAACAUUAUUAUCAUUAAAAGGGAAUGUUUCAUUUAGUUAAGUAUUUGUAUUUUAGUUUGUAUACAUAAUUUGAAGAAAAAAAAUAAACGUUUUGAUUUGUACAAAUCAUUUCAUAUUGUCAGAAUGAAUUGUGUGGAGAUUUUAGUAAAUUUCACAGGUUGAAAUCAUGAGUCAGUUGAAGCUAGACCACCAUUGAAAACUGGAAGCACUGGACG